AUAGACAACAUUUUAGCGAUCAGUCAGCCACCAACCGACAGACCGUGCACAACCGAUUCUCGUUCAUUUUGACGCUAAUUGGCUUUUCGUUUUUCAGACAAUCGCUUGAAAAAUGAUCAACUCGAAUUAUUUGAGAAUUCUCAUCCUUGUGGGGCUUUCGUUGUUUAAUGCCGCCCUUUGCUUCGAAGCAGAAGAUCUAUUCGUCCCACUUGAAGCAGAGCCGUCGGUGCUUUCCGAAGCCAAUUUGAAUGAGAAUGAUGCUGAUUUUUGGCGAAAAAAUGCACAAAAUUUCCUGAAAGAAGUCCUCGAAGAUCCGGAAAAGAAGCUGAAGCCGAAAAAAGCGAAAAAUAUCAUAUUGUUUUUAGGAGAUGGUAUGUCUUUGACCACAGUUGCGGCCGCCAGAAUGUAUUUAGGCAAUGAAAGAAACAGUUUGUCCUUUGAAAAAUUCGCUCAUUUCGGUUUGUCAAAGACUUAUUGUGUCGAUAAACAAGUGGCCGAUUCAGCUUGCUCAGCGACUGCAUAUUUGUGCGGGGUAAAGGCAAACUAUGGUACAAUGGGUAUAAGUGCAAAGGUGCCGUUGAAUGAUUGCAAAGGUCAAAAUGAUCCCAGCAAACAAACCGUUUCCAUUGCCAAAUGGGCACAAGAUCAAUGCAAAGAAACCGGUUUCGUUACAACCAGCAAGGUCACAGAUGCUUCGCCCGGUGGACUCUACGCACACAUCGCAAAUCGUUAUUGGCAAAAUGAUAAAGAUGUGCGUAAAAAUGGAUGUGAUCCGUCCGAAACAAUUGACAUUGCACGACAAUUGGUCGAAAAUGAAGUGAGUAAAAAAUUUAAAAUUGUUUUGGCCGGUGGACGCGAAGAGUUCCGCGAUUCAUCAGUACUGGAUGAGGAGAAGAAACCCGGUAAACGUGGUGAUAAUCGUGAUUUGAUCAAAGAAUGGGUGGAAUGUCGGAACAAACAAGGAAAUGCCACGUUUGUUCACGAUAAGCGAGGGCUCGACACCAUUAGAAACGACACAGAUUAUGUGCUUGGGUUGUUCAAUCAUGGACAUUUUCCGUACAAUCUCCAAAUUGUUGAGCAAAAACUGGCGAAACCAACACUUAGCGAAAUGACCGAAGCGGCCAUCAAACAUUUGCAGCGACAAAACAACGAAAAUGGUUUCUUUUUAUUCGUCGAAGGUGCACUUAUUGACAAGGCCCAUCACGACAAUUAUGCGCGCUUCGCACUCGAUGAAACUCGUGAAUUUUCCAAAGCUAUUGAACUGGCCAGAAAUAUGACGAGUGUAGAUGACACUUUGAUUGUGGUGACAGCCGAUCAUAGCCACACGAUGACAUACAAUGGUUACUCGAAACGUGGCGGUGAUAUUCUUGGAUUGAACACAGCCAUCGGUCUAGAUGGACUACCGUACACAAGUUUGAGCUACGCCAACGGCAUGGGAUAUUAUCACACGUACAAUGAAAAUGGCUCCCGGAUCGAUUUGUCAAUUUACAAUUAUUCCAAUCCAUUCCAUCGAUAUCCAGCCACAAUUCCCUUGUUGUCGGAAACGCACGGCGCUGAAGACGUCGGUAUUUAUGCAUCGGGACCAGAAUCGCAUUUGUUUAUUGGAAACUAUGAACAGUCGUACAUUCCUCUGCUGAUGGCACAUGCCGCUCAAAUUGGCCCAUUUGCCACAGACGAUGGCAAAUGUCCCGCUUCAACGUCGAAAACUAUUUUACCAAAUAUUUCAUUGUUAUUCCUUCUGAUUUUGUCGACGUUUAUCAAGUCAUAGUUCAUGAAAUUUUAAUGUGUUUUAUCGCAUUGUUUAAGCUGAGUCUGUAAAAUUUUCACAGAUUUCCUACUAAGUUACCUGUUGUUACAGUUUAUAUGAAAUUGUGAACUUCACACUAUGAAGGACUCCAGAAUUAAUUGAGUAAUUGGAAUGCUUAAAGGUUUUUUUUUUGUAAGAUUUUCAAUUGUAUUAUUUUUUGCUUAUACGUCAUUUAGACUUUGGAGUUCCUGUAGUAUAUCAUUGAUGAGCAUUUUAAACGAUGUGAUUGAUUUUUUUUUGACAAUUUCAUCUUUCAUCAGCAAACCGACUAGAAAGAUUAUGUGUCAGAAAAUGAACUUUGUAUUUGUUAGUAAAAGAAGAAGAAGAAGAAAAUCUAAAAAUAAUCCAAUAAUCAGGAAUAAAUAAAAUAAAAUCAAAUAAGACACAAAAUCACGCAA